GCGGUGGCGGAGGGGAGAGCGUGUCCUUCCCGGGAGCGGAGAGCGGCAGGUGUGGGCACAUCUGGCGCCGGGACAACAGCUGGGGCCCGGCGGGCACAUCUGGGGCCGGGAGAGCGCCCGUGGGGCCGGGAGAGCGCGCCUGUGGCAGCACACCUGUGGCCGGACAGCACAUCUGGAGCUGGGACAGCACAUCUGGAGCUGGGACAGCACAUCUGGGCUCAGGAAGAUGCUGGUGGUCCUGGUGCUCGCUCUGUCGCUCGCUCUGGCAGCUGGAAAUGACAUCCUCAACAUCUGCAUGGAUGGGAAACACCACAAGGUGCAGCCGAGCUUCGAGGGGAAGCUCUACAGACAGUGUGAGCCAUGGAGGGAGAAUGCCUGCUGUACAGCCAACACCAGCCUGGAAGCACAUAACGACCAGUCCAACCUCUACAGCUUCAACUGGAAUCACUGCGGCAUCAUGACAGAGAAAUGCAAGAGGCACUUCAUCCAGGACACCUGUCUGUACGAGUGCUCCCCCAACCUCGGCCCUUGGAUUCAGCGGGCUGAAGAGUCUUGGAGGGAGGAGCGGGUCCUCCACAUUCCCAUCUGCAAGACGGACUGUGAUGAGUGGUGGGAGGACUGUCGGCAGGACUUCACUUGCAAAUCCAACUGGCACAAGGGCUGGGACUGGAGCAGUGGCGUCAACCAGUGCCCGGUAAACACCAAGUGCCAGAAGUUUACGGAAGUGUUCCCGACUCCCCGGGACCUCUGUGAGAAAGUGUGGAGCCACUCUUAUGAGUACACCUUGUACGAUCGGGGCAGUGGGAGGUGCAUUGCCAUGUGGUUCGAUGUGGGCACAAAGCCCAACCCGAACAAGGAGGUGUCGCUGUACUACGCCAUCCAGAAGGGGCUGAUUUCGGGCUCGAGCGCUGCCUCCUCCAGCCCCCUCCUCCUGCUCUCGCUCCCCCUCGCCCGCACCUUGUCUUAGCUCCCCGGAGCGGACUGGCGGGGGGAGAGACUGUAGACCAGUUCUCCUCCCGACAACUUACUGUGGCACUCCAGACUUCCAAAGCACACGUGAUUUAACCAGCCUCAAAACUCCAAUCAACUGCUUCAGGCAUUACUGCAUCCAAGCUGACGUUGUGCCCCGUGUAGGAGGUGAUGAAGGAACUGCCACCUUCACCUCCCCGGGAACGUCCCAAGGAGCUUCGCAGCGACCAGAGGGUCUUUCAAGUGCUGUUGCAAUGCAGGAAAUCCAACCGGCAACCAGUACACAGCAAGAUCCCACAAACAAUGAGCUUACAAUGAUGACAUGGGGUUGGUUGGAGCUGAGCUGGGGGGGUUCAAUAUUCUGGAUGCUGGGGAGUAUUCCUGCAUCUUUUCUGCCCCAGGCAGCUGCUGUGGGAGCUUUGGCAUCGACUCCAGAGGGCAGAUGGACCCCGGUGAAAGGUUCCAUCUGAAAGCUGGGACCUCUGAGGAAGAGGCAACCUCCUUGUGGGCACCCCCUCGGUACUGGGCCCUCACGUGCCCCCCCCUCCCUUGGCACCACCCCUCCAGUGGUCUCCUCUCCACCAGAGACACUGAGCACAGAUUGGGUGACCACCUGUGUUCAAUCCACAGGAGUGACCCUCAGCUCCAAUCUCCGUCCCACUCCCACCUCUGCCUGCCUCCCGCACUGUCCCAACGAAACCCAACAUCGUCACGAGGAACACCUUCUGCCUGGGCACCUUGCAGCCCUCGGGACUCGACAAUGAAGUCAACGGUCUCGGAUAACAUUCCCACAGAUGCUGCCUGACCUGCUGAGUUCUUCCCAAUCUCUGCUUUAUUUCGUGGCGUCUUGCACACUAGUCUUCAUCAGUCUGGGACAGGAGUUGGGACGUUACGUUGGAGCUGUACAAGUCAUUGGUGAGGCCACACUUGGAGUACUGUGCACAGUUUUGGUCAUCCUGUUAUAGGAAAGACAUAGUGAAACUGGAAAGAGUUCAGAGAAGAUUUACGAGGAUGUUGCCAGGACUCGAGGGGCUGAGUUAUAGGGAGAGGUCGGCCAGGCUGGGUCUUUAUUCCUUGGAAUGUAGGAGAAUGAGGGGCGACCUUGUAGAGGUGUUUAAAAUUAUGAGAGGCACAGAUAAGGUGGACGGUAACAAGAAGAGGAAAAAGAGUUCAAAGAGGAGCCAGAUAUGAUGACAAUUCAGGCAUAUUUGUAGUUUAUCGGUCCGGAAGAAGAAAAAAAACUAAACUAAAAAUAGCCCCACCCUCCACCCACAAAAGUCUGAAAACUGACCAAUAGACAACCAGAAUGCUACCCACUAAAUUCCUUAACCCCACCUCUUUUGGUGGGAAAUCUCCAAGUUAAAAGGAAUGCAAAACAUCACCGGUAGUCAAGACAUGAAGGUACAAGUACCCAAAACAACGUUUCGAAAUUAUACAGAUAAGUUAAGAUUUCCUUAUUAGUCACAUGUACAUCGAAGCACACAGUGAAAUGCACCUUUUUGUGUAGAGUGUUCUGGGGGCAAGCCAGGCUUGCUGAGAAAAUUCUACACGGUCAAAAAUACUGACAGUCGACAUUUAAAAAAUACAGUCGUACUAUCAUUUCAAAAGAAAAAAAAGCUAUCAGUCACCCGGUCAGAUUCUUAAUUAUUACCAAACUAAACCAUUAAGAAUAUUAAAGUAGAAUAAUAUAAGGGAAAAAAAGAAUUGUUAAAUAGAAACAUGAUAAGUAUCCAUGUUCCAGAACCAAACACAAAAGUGUUAACAAAGGGCAGAAAAAGAUCUCCGGACGUAAAAAAGUUCAAAUCUGUAAGUUAACUAUUACCUUGUAGACCAAAUAAGUAUAAAAAUCAAAGAAUAGCACAUUUCUUAACCAUCUGAAGUCAAAAGUUAAUCUUUGAGAAAUUCUUCAGCUUCAUUCACGGAACUAAACCAUUUGCAUGAUUUGUCAGGGAGUACAAUCCUCAGGCGAGCUGGGAACAACAAUGCAGGUUGAUAGUUCCCUUGAUAAAGCUGCGACAUAGUCAGUUUAUAACGCAGUCUCUCUUCAUAACUUCUGGGCUGUAAUCUUCAACCAGAUGAAACUUCCAAUCUUUAUAUUGGAUCAUUCCUUGACGACGAGUGAUUUGAAUCACAUGUUCUUCAGUACUCACAUAGUGAAAUCUCAGUAUUACUGGCCAUGGUUUUUGCUCUGCCGGGGGUUUUGGUCUUAAUGCUCGGUGAGCACGAUCGAGUACGGGACGUACAGAGAAAACUUCAGAGCCAAAUACAUCCAUCAGAAGUUUGGAAAAGAAUUCAAUAGGAUUACCAGUUUCAGCAUCUUCGGGAAGGCCAAUAAUCCUCAAAUUGUUCCUCUGACUGCGGCUUUCUAAAUUAAUAAUCUUCUGUCUUUACUGUUCCAGUAUUUGGGUGGUCACAGUUAAAUCCUUUUCCAGUGAGCUCAAUCUACGAUCUCUCUCUUUGCCAGCUUCAUCCAGUUCAGCAAUUAAUUGCUGUUGUUUAAUAUUUUCCUGUUUAAGUAUUGUUUGUCUGUCUUCAAUCUCCUCUAACAGUGUUUCCAAAGUAGAAAAUUUCUGAUCAAGUUUUUUAUCCAGGAGUUUAGAAAUAGCUUCCUAAGUAAGUUGAGGGUCUCCAUUACCCUUGCUUUCAGCUGCAGCUUUAGCUCUGGUGUUCAUUUCUGGCAAUUAAAAAUCAAAAUAAAUCUUAGAUAAGUAUUAUAAAAGUCUUAUUAGAGGGUGGUGUUCAAAAAAUUAUAAAGCGACUGGAGCAGUGGCAAGGUGCGGCCUACUCCGUCUGGCACCAACAGAAGAGUAACAGUCUUUUCGCCAGGGUAGGGGAGUCCAAAACUAGGGGGCAUAGUUUAGGGUGAGAGGGUUUGCCGAUGAGACAAAGAUAGGUGGAGGGGUGGGUAGUGUUGAGGAAACAGAGGGACUUGGAUAGACUAGGAGAAUGGGCAAAGAAGUGGCAAAUGAAAUACAGUGUUGGAAAGUGUCUGGUCGUGCACUUUGGUAGAAGAGAUAAAUGGCCAGACGAUCAUUUAAAUGGGGAGAAAAUUCAAAAUUCAGAGAUGCAGAAGAACUUGGGAGUCCUCGUGCAGGAUACCCUAAAAGUUAACCUCCAGGUUGAGUUGGUGGUGAAGAAGGCGAAUACAAUGUUGGCAUUUAUUUCUAGAAGAAUGGAAUAUAAGAGCAGGGAUGUGAUGUUGAGGCUCUAUAAGGCAUUGGUAAGACCUCACUUGGAGUACUGCGUGCAAUUUUGGGCUCCUUAUUUAAGAAAGGAUGUGUUGACGUUGGAGAGGGUUCAGAGAAGAUUCACUAGAAUGAUUCCAGGAAUGAGAGGGUUAACAUAUGAGGAACGUUUGACAGCUCUUGGACUGUACUCCUUGGAGUUCAGAAGAAUGAGGGGGGACCUCACAGAAAUAUUUUGAAUGUUAAAAGGGCUGGACAGAGUAGACGUGGACAGAGUAGAUGUGGCAAUGUUUCCCAUGGUAGGGGAGUCUAGUACAAGAGGGCAUGACUUCAGGAUUGAAGGGCGCCCAUUCAGAACAGAGAUGCGGAGAAAUUUCUUUAGCCAGGGAGUGGUGAAUCUGUGGAAUUUGUUGCCGGGGCGGCUGCGGAGGCAAAGUCAUCGGGUGUAUUUAAGGCAGAGAUUGAUAGGUAUCUGAGUAGCCAGGGCAUCAAAGGUUAUGGUGAGAAGGCGGGGGAGUGGGGCUAAAUGGGAUAAUAGAUCAGCUCAUGAUAGAAUGGCGGAGCAGACUUGAUGGGCCGAAUGGCCGACUUCUGCUCCUUUGUCUUAUGGUCUUAUGGACCUGAGGGGCAACUUUUUCACGCAAGAGGGUGGUGAGUAUAUGGAACGAGCCGCCGUAGGAGGUGGUUGAGGCAGGUACAACAGUGCCAGUUAAGAAUCAGAAUCAGAUUUAUUGUCACUGGCAUGACAUGAAAUGUGUCGUUUUGGGGCAGCAGUGCAGUGCAAAGACUUAAAAAAUCUAUAAAUUACAAAAUCCGCAUUGAAAUCACUUGGAUAGGUACACGGAGGGGCGGGGCUUGGAGGGAUAUGGGCCGAACGCAGGAAAUUGGGACUAGCUGGGUGGGCACCAUGGUCGGCAGGGACUGGUUGGGCUGAAGGGCCUGUAUCUGUGUUGUAUUGCUCUCUGACUCUGUUACCAGCAACUGCCAACCUCACAGUAACAGCGAGGAUUUUUUACUUGCCUCUCCUCUGCUCUCCCUCUGUGAACACUUUCUGCAGACGGACAAGCUGCCAAUAACCAAACACCUUCACCCUCUGUCAUCACAGACUCACCGCAUCAGUCUAGUCCUGAGCUCCACCCCAUGACUGACCUUUUCACUUCUUCCCCCCCUUCACUGCAACUUACAUUUUCCCUGUUCUUACAGAAUCAUUGAACUACAACACAGAACAGUACAGCAUAGGAACAGGCCCUUCGGCCCACUAUGUUGUGCUGACCAUGAAUCCAAAUUAAACUGAUCCCAUCUGUCUGCACGUGAUCCAUAUCCCUCCACUCCCUGCCUGUUCAUGUGUUUGUUUAAGAUAAGAUAUCUUUAUUACAUGUAUAUCGAAACACACAGUGAAAUGCAUCUUUUGUGUAGAGUGUUCUGGGGGCAGCCCGCAAGUGUCGCCACGCUUCCGGCGCCAACAUAGCAUGCCCACAACUUCCUAACCCGUACGGCUUUGGAAUGUGGGAGGAAACCGGAGCACCCGGAGGAAACCCACGCAGACACGGGGAGAACGUACAAACUCCUUACAGACAGCGGCUGGAAUUGAACCUGGGUCGCUGGCGCUGUAAUAGCGUUACACUAACCGCUACACUACUGUGCCUGCCUUGAUACUCGAUACUGAACACGAUACUCCAAAUGUGUCUAACCAAAGUUUUAUACAACGACAAUGAAUGAACCUUCUGAAACGGGCGUGAAAUGUUAACGUGUUUCUCUCUCCACAGACGCUACCCAGCCCACUGGGUGCUUCCACCAUUCUGUUUUUAUUUGAGGGAAACAGUAGUUGCCAUUUUGCUGUCUGUGAGAUCUUGCUGUGUACAAAUUGGCUGCCGUAUUUCUUGCAUUACAACCAUGACUAAAACUU